UUCUUUACUUUGUCUGAGAACUUACACCAAGAAUGAAAAUAACGAGUUGAGACUCAAAAAUUGAUUCCUCGUAAAAAUACUCUGAUCAGUUCGUCGGUUCAUAAUUAGAAUAAAAGUAAAAAAACUCAGCAUUACCAAAACUGAGAAGUCACCAGUCCAUAAUUUUGAAAAGCAAUGCAAGGUAUGGGUAACAAUCGUCGAGAACGAUCAAGAUCGCCUAUGAGGAUCGACACUGGAGGCCGCAGACGAGACAUAAAACCCGAUAUUUCUAAAUCAAGUGAAAGCAGUAUGCCUGUUAUGAACCCCAUUAUGAUGGCUAAUAUGUAUCCACAAGCUAACAUGAUGAUGGCCAGUGGAAUGUACCCGAAUAUGAUGAUGCCAGGAGCAAUGAUGAGUAGUGGUAUGAUGCCUGCCACAGGAAUGGACAUUAUGUCCGGAGCAAGCAUGGAAAUGGUUCCACAGGGGACUAUGGAUGUAUCAGCAAUAGCAGGGCAAUCUAUGGCACCAGCACCUGCCUCUACCAUGGAUAUAAGCAUGAUGGGUGGCAUGAUGGUAGAUCCUACAAUGAUGGGAAUGUAUUCUAAUAUGGGUGGAGAUCUUUUGCAGGAUAAAAAGGAAAUAGUUUUUAAGCAUGCAAUUCUUAUACCACCAAAUCCUGCUGCACCACAGCCCCCAAGACGGACAAAACCACCUGGUUGUAGAACCAUUUUUGUUGGAGGGUUACCUGAUAAGAUCAGAGAAAGUACUGUGAGAGAAAUUUUUGAGACUUAUGGCAGAAUACAUACACUGAGGCUAUCCAAAAAGAAUUUUUGUCACAUUCGUUUUGAUAGAGAAGAAUGUGUUGAUCAAGCUAUGAUGAUAUCUGGAUAUCGUAUUAAAUUGACUGAUGUAAAAAUUGAAGAUGACAUAAAAGAUGAAAGUGAUCACCCUCCCACCACUUCCGGUUGGUUACAUGUAGAUUAUGCUCUGAGCCGAGAUGACCAGAAUGAUUAUGAGCGGCGACAAAGGCAAGUUAUGCGCGCUCAACAGGCACAGAUGCAGCAAUUGAAUGCACAGAAUGAAAUUUCUAACCGAGCUACAACCACUUAUAGAAGAUCACCAUCACCCAUCAGAAUUCAACCAUUUUCCAAUGCAGCAUUGGUGCAGUUAGCAGAAAAACUUAAAAAUGAAGAACACUUUUAUACUACUCUACCUACUUUACUGGCUUGGUUGGAACGCGGGGAAUGCUCUAAGAAGAACGCAAAUCAGUUUUAUUCGAUGAUACAGGCGACAAAUGCACAAAUACGUAGAUUGUUCAACGAAAAAAUGCAGGCUGAAGAAGAACUACAAGAAUGCAAGGAACGAGUCAAGAAUCACAUUGCCAAAAUUAUUGAACAACUCGAACAGGUGGGGAAAGUGUUUGCCGCAUCAACGCAUCAGCGGGUGUGGGAUCACUUCACAAAACCACAGAGAAAGAACAUUGAGACAUGGCAGAAAAUGACACAGGAGUUUAAUGCCCUAAAAGAAGAAUUCCAUGAAAAAUUCUAUAAUGAUGAUGGUGAUUUGAACGGCUAUGGUAGUAAGAUGUCAUCUGAUCUUCGUAAUGAAGAUGUCCUACAGUUAAAGCGUGAAAAUGAGAGCCUCCAAUUUCAGUUAGAAGCCUAUAUUAAUGAAGUUGAUGUCAUAAAACUAGACUCUCAAAAAGAAAUGGAGAAAUUUAAGGCUCAGUUUAUAGCACGGCAAGCAUUACAAGGAGCUAUGGAGAAAAACCCACCAUUACCCUCUCCCAUCGUUAAACCUCCUCCUCCGCCGCCGUUACCGGAAGAGGCGGAUGCUGUGGUUAAUCUGAAAGAAGUUGUUGAAGCGGGGUGUGGAGAAGCUAAGCUAAUCGGCAUCAUGUCAGCCUUUUUACAAGUACAUCCUCAGGGAGCCAGCCUGGACUAUGUAGUAUCAUACGUUAGAGCAAUAUUCCCGCACGUGUCCCAGGCCUCAAUACAUCACGUGCUUCAGAAGCACACCGACGUGUUCGAGCGUAGUACCAGCGGCGUCGGCGCUAACAUCGAACACCGUUGGUCCUUUAUUGCGUUCAAAUCCGCACAAAUCUGACUUAAAACACAACAGACACGAAGAAUUCAUGCAUAUCAAGACUUGACACUGUAUGGUUUGAACAAAUCAUGAUUCUACGCAAAUAUUGGUACUAGAAUAAUUUAAAAGUAAUUAAGUAUGUACGUCAAAUAUGAGGUAAUUUUUUAAUCUAGUAUAGGUAUAUUUUUGCGUUGUUACUUCUUGCGGUUGAAAUUUGAAAUGCCUCUGUGACAAAAUAAGGUAACUAAAAACUUUAUUCAUUUACGCAGGCGAAGUGAACUAGUAAAAUGUAAUGUAGUAUUGUAGUGUUGAAAGCAAUAGCUUUGCUUUGUUAAGUAGUAAUAUGCUACGUAUUACAGAAGGCGCAAAAUAAUUCUGUGGCUCAGUACUGUGAGUCCAGUUCCGCACAUUGUUUGAUAUAUUUCGAAAACAAAAUUGUUUUUUUUUUUGGGUCUAGCCCGCCACGCACUGCCGUCAUAGUAAACAGUAGACCAUUCUGUAAGCCAGGAUCUACAAUGAAACCAACGAAAUCCACCGAAACACGGUAUGUCCCAGGGCAAACGAUUAACUAUCUUAGAACCCGCAACGAAAUUAAUCACAAAUUGUAAAAAGAAACAAUCAAUCCUCGAUUGCAUGCGAGAGUCAAAAAAGAAAUGGCUAGCUAAAUAGCAACCACGGAUAAACCAAUACAAAUUUAAAACUAGAUUUACCAUUUCCUUAUAGAUGACGUAUUUAAACCUAUGAUCAAAAUAUUUAUUUACCUAGGUAGUAGAUAUAUCAAAUAAGGGUUAGAUAUAAGCUAAUUGAUAAGCAAGGAAGCUGUAAGAACGUUAUUCACAGAUCUACCAAUUUGAUUACUAGUUAUUUAUUAUUAAAAAAAGCUGUUAAUGUUGCUAACAAUUAGGAAAAUAUACCCGCCUUUGGAAAACAUUGUACAAAUGUGCUUUUUUACCUGAAUCCUUUAUGGGAAAAUAAGAUACCUACCACAUAGUAUGUAUAAGUUUUUAAUAAAUGUAAUAUUGUAUUAAA